AUGUGGCUGAUCAGUACGGAGACGUCGAAGCUUCACGCCUUCAUCCCCCCGGACGUUCCGCCUUAUGCCAUACUGUCUCAUACCUGGGAGGCCGGGGAGGUGACUUUCCAGGAGUUCGCCGACCUCGAUGCCGCCAGAGAAAAGCCCGGCUUCGCCAAGAUCGAUAAGACCUGCGAGCUCGCCCGCCAAAACGGGCUAGAAUGGGUCUGGGUUGACACCUGCUGCAUCGACAAGUCCUCGAGCGCCGAACUCUCAGAGGCGAUCAACUCCAUGUUCGAAUGGUACCGGCUGUCGGCCGUCUGCUUUGCUUAUCUCGCCGACCUCCCCGUCGGUUCGCCUUCGCUCUGGAUGUUCGAAUCCGAGUCCGGCAUCCACAAGCGGCCCUGUCGCUGGUUCCAGCGAGGGUGGACUCUCCAGGAGCUCAUCGCGCCCAGCAGGCUCGAGUUCUUCGACGUCGGGUGGAACUCGCGCGGGUUCAAGACCGACGGGACGGUGCUGCGGCAGCUGUCAAGCAUGGCAGGCAUUCGCGGCAAGACUGCUCGGGUUCUGAAGAAUAGCGACGCGAUCGGCGAGAUCUCCAUCGCCGAGAGAAUGUCGUGGGCUUCGAAGCGGCAGACGACCAGGACGGAGGACAUGGCCUACUGCUUGCUUGGUAUCUUCCGCGUGAACAUGCCAUUGCUAUACGGCGAGGGCCCACGGGCUUUCAUACGGCUCCAGGAGGAGAUUCUGAAGAACAGCACCGACAUGUCUCUUUUCUGCUGGACCGCGUCGGAGGAAACGAUACAGCCGUACCGCGGGCUUCUGGCCCGUCAUCCGUCCGAGUUCGCAAGCUGGUUCGACACGGAAUUGACCUCGCGGAAGUCCAUCAGCUGGGCCAUGUGCGAGCAGGAGAAGGAGUUCUCCUCGACAAAUAAAGGCAUCCGGAUGGAAGCGACUCUAGCGAGCUUCUUUUACGACGGCGAAGAAAGAACUUGCUUGAGGUGCACCCUCUUCCCGGACGAGUAUGUUGUGUUCGUUGCCCUCCGAUACCACAGGGACAACAUCUACGUCAGGGAGCUCCCCAAGGUCAUCAUCCCGUCGCGCACGACGCGGUACGAACAGAAGACCAUCUACAUCGCCAAAGACGUGGACGAGCGCAUGUCGACCUCGCUUCAGGAGACCGCCGCGGAAGCGUUGAGCUUCGACACCUCGUUGCUUCCAGCAAGCUUCUCCCUGGAAGUGGCCGAGUGUUGGCCAAAGAAGCAGUGGCACCCACGACGGAAAGAAUUUGCGUUGACGGGCUCCAAGCUAUUCAGCUGCACAGUCGUCUAUACUGUUGCGUUUGACGGUGUUCAGAUUGGAGAAGUCUUCCUCAUAUGCCAGCGGCACGCUUCUGCGCUCCAACCUCUGCGUUAUGCCUUGAUUCCUAGCCGACAUGCAGCAGGAAUAAAGAAAGGCAUCCUAGACCAUGAGACGGGCGAUGACCAAGGCAACCCUCCAUUCGAGGCUUUCAGCAUGAUGGAGCAGUUCAUUAUCGAUGGACGCCAGGAGGUGAAGCUCUGGCACGGGGAGACCUGCUUUUCGCUUUUCGUCACGCGGUAUUCCGAGACCGGCGAGAGCACCAACCAGCUUUUUCUCAAGGCGACGUCGUCGGAUGAUCUUCUUCAUCCCAUGCCUGUUCGGCUCCCAAUCCAGAGGUCGAUCGGCGACGGGAACGAACCCGAUCAGCGUCUCGAACGCGCCCCUCAGAUCGGAGGCGACGUUGGUGUGUUGGUUGUACAGCAGCCAAACCCCAUGGAUAUUUUGGAAGCUGAGCGCGAAAAUACAGGCUGA